CCGCUCGGCAUGAACGCGCCUUUGUCUCCGUCCGUGAACCCGCAUCAGUCCCGCAGCUGCGUGCAUGCGUGCGUGAGGACGUCCUGUUGGAAGAGCUGUGCGCGCGGGCUGCUCGAGCAGAGAGAGCCGAGGAGAGGCUGAAGAGGCAGGAGAGGCUGGAGCUCUGGAUGAGACUCUCCCCGGCGCUGUGAAACUUUCUCCCCCGGCUCGGUGCACAGGAACUCGGACUGAUGGCGCCGCUCCUCCCGGUCCUGCUCUGGAUCCUCUGCGUGGCUCCAGACCUCAGGAGUCAAGCUGACCCGGGCCUGUCGGCGGACACAGACGGACUGCUGGAGGCUCAGAGUGGAGCCGCCCCCACAUCUGAAGGUUACUUCCUGGAGUUCCAGGAGCCCGUCAACAACAUCACUCACUUCCAGGGCCAGACGGCCACGCUGCACUGCAAGGUGAGCGGCAACCCGAGGCCGACCAUCCGCUGGCUGAAGAACGACGCGCCGGUGGUCCAGGAGCAGGGGCGCAUCACCAUCCGCAAGACGGAGGCGGGCUCCAAGCUCCGCAUCCAGGACCUGGACACCACCGACACCGGCUACUACCAGUGCGUGGCCUCCAACUCGCUGAAGGUCAUCUCCGCCACCGGAGUGCUUUACGUCAAACUGGGACAGAUGCCCACACGUGGUCCCGAUGAGCCGUCUGGUGAUAAAGGCUUCUGCCAGCCGUACCGCGGCAUCGCCUGCGCUCGCUUCAUCGGGAACCAGAGUAUCUACGUGGAGUCGCUGCAGAUGCAGGGCGAGAGCGAGAACCGCAUCACCGCUGCCUUCACCAUGAUCGGCACCUCCACCCACCUGUCGGACCAGUGCUCCAAGUUCGCCAUCCCGUCCUUCUGCUACUACGUCUUCCCGCUGUGCGACGAGGGCUCCCGGGGCCCGCGGCGCCGCCAGCUGUGCAGGGACGAGUGCGAGGCCCUGGAGAACAACAUCUGCCACGCCGAGUACACCAUCGCCCGCUCCAACCCCAUGAUCCUCAUGCAGCUGGAGCUGCCCACCUGCCACCUGCUGCCCCGGCCGGGCACGGCGGACGCCGCGUCCUGCAUGAGGAUCGGCGUUCCCUCGGAGAAGCUGGGCUCAUACUCGCCCUCGGAGUUCACCUGCUACAACGGCAGCGGGGCGGACUACCGCGGCACCGUCAGCACCACCAAGUCGGGGCUGCACUGCCAGCCGUGGGCCGCCCAGUACCCCCACAGCCACCACCUGUCCAAGGACUACCCCGAGCUCUGGGGCAGCCACAACUUCUGCCGCAACCCCGGCGGCCAGAUGCAGGCGCCCUGGUGCUUCACCCUGGACCCCGACGUGCGCGUGGACCUGUGUGACGUCCAGCCCUGCAGUCCUCCAGAAAACCCCCAGAACACCAUCCUGUUCAUCAUGAGCUCCGCCAUCAUGACGCCGCUGAUCAUCGCGGGCGUCUUCUUCCUGGUCUGCAUGUGUCGGAAUAAACAGAAGGCUUCGACGGAGACGCCCCCGAGCUGCCAGCUCAGCAGCCCCCCGACGCAGGAGGUGGAGCUGUCUCUGCUGGGCCAGCAGAAGAACCAGCCCAAACUCCGGGAGAUAAACAUGUCGGCGGUGCGAUUUAUGGAGGAGUUGGGCGAGGAUCGCUUCGGGAAGGUUUACAAGGGCCACCUGUACGGCACCGCCCCCGGCGAGCAGACCCAGGUGGUGGCCAUCAAGACUCUGAAAGACAAGGUGGACGCCGCGCUGUGCGAGGAGUUCCGGCACGAGGCCAUGCUGCGCUUCCACCUGCAGCACCAGAACGUGGUCAGCCUGCUGGGCGUGGUCACCAAAGAGCAGCCCCUCAGCAUGGUCUUCACCUACUCCAGCCUGGGCGACCUGCACGAGUACCUGGUGAUGCGCUCCCCCAACUCGGACGUGGGCAGCUCCGACGACGACAAGACGGUGAAGUCCGCCCUGGAGCAGGCCGACUUCCUCCACGUCAUCACGCAGGUCGCCGCCGGGAUGGAGUACCUGUCCGGCCACCAGGUCGUCCACAAAGACCUGGCCGCCCGGAACAUCCUGGUGUUUGACAAACUCACCGUCAGGAUCCUGGAUCUGGGCCUGUACAGAGACGUCUACUCUGCGGAUUACUACAACCUCAUGGGGACGAGUCCUUUCCCGAUCCGCUGGAUGUCCCCGGAGGCGCUCAUGUACGGCAAACUGUCCACCGACUCCGACAUCUGGUCGUACGGCGUGCUGCUGUGGGAGACCUUCAGCUACGGCCUGCAGCCGUACUGCGGAUACUCCAACCAGGACGUGAUCGAGAUGGUGCGAAGCCACCAGCUGCUGCCUUGCCCGGACGACUGCCCCGCCUGGAUUUACACCCUCAUGCUGGAGUGCUGGAGCGAGUUUCCCGCCAGGAGGCCUCGCUUCAAGGACAUCCACGCGCGCCUGCGCUCCUGGGAGAGUCUGUCCAACUACAACAGCUCGGCCCAGACGUCGGGCACCAGCAACAUGACCCAGACCAGCUCCCUGAGCACCAGCCCGGUCAGCAACGUCAGCAUGAGCACGGCCAACGCGUCGCGCUACGCCAGCCCCAAGAAGACCUCGCCGUUCCACCAGCCCCAGUUCGUGCCCAUGAAGGGCCCGAUGCACCGGCCCAUGGUCCCCCCCCAGCUCUACAUCCCCGUCAACGGGUACCACCCCAUGCCCGCCUACCCCUACCUGCAGAACUUCUACCCGGUGCAGAUCCCCAUGGCCAUGCCCCACCAGCAGAUGCACCACCCGCCGCAGGCGGCGAACAAGGCCGGCUCUCACCACAGCGGCAGCGGGUCCACGUCCACGGGCUACGUCACCACCGCCCCCUCCAACACGUCCGCCACCGAGCGGGCCGCCCUGCUCGCCGAGGACUCCAGGGCCAACGACGGCGAGGGCGCGGACGAGGAGGCGUCCCACCACGAGGACACGUCCGUGCCGGAGACGGAGCUGCUGGGGGACGGCGAGGCUGCCCAGACGGACGACCUGAUGCUUCACCUGUGCCAGGACACAUAAAGCAGCUGGUCCUCUGUGGGCGACGCCAAGUGAAGGAACAGAGACCGAAUGUCCGUUUUAUGUUUCUUAGAUAGUCCGGAUGCCCGUGAGCGUCAGCUGUGUUCAUUCUCAACCCCUGUGUCAUUGACCAAACUGUGCAAUUCCUCUUUAUACCGUGUUUUUAUGCCGUCGCCGUUCAGAGGAGCCUUUUUUCCUGCCGUUGCUGUGCAACACAAAGACUUCUGGGAAGUUCUUUCCAGGUUUCCUGAAGCUACCAGCUGUUUAGUGGCUUGUCAGUGAAGGACUGACGGGGAUCAAACCUCCAGAGCACCAGCUCCUCAACCAGAACCAGAACCAGAACCAGUGUGCCCCUCUUUGUGAGUGGGUUCUUGUUAAAACCAAGUCACAAAGCAGAAGAUUUGUGAGAAGAAGAAAUGUUCAGAGGUGAAAACGGUCAAACCGACCGGAUGUGUUUAAUUUUUGACGUUGAGUUAACCAAACUGCGUAGAUGAGUAAUUUAUGCACUUUGGUUUUAACUGUUUCUUUGUGUAAAGGUUGCUGAGCUAGGAGUUUAUACGAUGAUGUUUUUGCUGUCAUGUACUGAAAUAAUGAAUAAAAUCUGUUUUCCUCUCAGUUUGAAGAACAUUACCUGUUGGUUUGAAUUCAGCAUCAUCUGUUAUUAAAGGUUUUAAUAAACUACACAGAGAUAAA